AGUUAAUUUUAAGUCGGUCUGAACUCGAUGGCUUUAAACUAGUUCAGCGUCGAAUUGAGACACAAGAAUGAAUGCUACUAAUGCUAUAUGUGUUUGGGAAUGGGAAUCGCGUGCUCACAUUUGGGUUCCUUAUCCACCGAACGUUUCACAGCAUAUUGAAAGCGAAUUUCGGCGUUCUGUUGGCACAGGAAAGGUUGACCUUAGUGGACAAAAUGCGAUAGAGUUGACUGGUUGUGAGAUAGAUUUUACUCGCUUGAAACAAGUAAAUGCUCUUUCAAAUGAAAUUUUUAGGGUUCGACGACAAUCGUACCCAGGCACGUGCCCAUUUGCCAGAGGCGUCUUCUGGAAAUGGUUUACGGGUUAUCAGUGGCAGCAAUACGACGUCGACACGUCCAAUUACAUCGAAGACGCAUUUCAAACGAAGUCUAAAAUAGUCGACCUCAAGCGCUCUCCAAUACGCAUUCCUAACAUUAUCUACUUUUCCGCUAUGGAGCAAGUCAACAAAAAAACGAAAAAAGUUCGACGGAUUGAACGCGAAGAAACGAAACAUCGAUACUCGCAGAUGAAUUUUGAAACAGCGAAUGGCGUUGCACAACACAACGUGACGGGUGCGCAACACCACGUGACCGGUGUGCAACACAACGUGACCGGUGCGCAACACAACGUGACCGGUGCGCAACACAAUAUGACCGGUGCGCAACACAACGUGACCGGCAUGCAACAUAACGUGACGGGUGCGCAACACAACGUGUCCCUCGCGUCACGUUAUAACCCCAAGCCUCCCAGUGCUAGUGCAACACAAAGUAUCCAAACCUCGGCAAGGCAACCUGAUUCGGCGGUUGUACAAAAGAAGCGUGCAGUACCAGCAAGCGUCGGGACUAAGGUUAUAGUUCACACCAAUAACUCGAUUACGCAAGCUGCUACGCAGAGUCACAAUCCUCUGAUGUCUAGUAAUCAUACAAUUACAAAUAACAGCAUUAAUACUACUGCCAUGCAACCUCAAUUCGGUUUCAUGGAUUUAAAUUCUUCAUUGAACGCGAGCGGACUUGGACCGUGUCCUUCAAACGGCAGUCUACAAAGUAACUCAACGCAACUUGGUUUAAACCCUGGAUACAGCCUUAAUUCUACUGUGGCAAAAUGUAUACCCAGUAUUAACCAAAAUAGCGUAGCAAUGAAUCCAAUACAUCGUACCAGCUUGCACUUUCCCGUUGGAAGCUCGCAAUCUAACGCAUUUUCUCGCCCGCAGCCACGAAUGCAAACUAACAAUACGAGUCUCAACGGUGGGACAAAUAAUCCCACCGCACUUUGGCCUCCAGCAAGCAGCGACACUACCGUCUAA